AUGGAAGGUGUUGGGAGAGACUUCAUCGACAAUUCAAUACGAACGCCAUACGAGAAACUCAGAAACAACUUUGAAAAAAAGGUGAAAGAAAUUACUUAUCAAGAUAAACAAUUGAGUUGUGAGAUGACAUUUUCGUUUAUUAAAGAACGACACCAAUACUUUCUUGUUCCGGACUAUUAUUUCGUCGACGUGAAACAAACGGUGUCUACUGAUGUAUUGAGUUUAUUCCUUUCUGCGUGUAAACAGGCAUAUCCAAAAGAUACAGUAAUUGCUCAAAGUAACACUAAAAUUAUUGGAAUUGGUUUAAACAACAAGAAGUAUGCUGCAGACACAUCUCAUUUGAAUGCAAAAUACAGUGACUGUUAUGACUUCGCAAAAACACUGUUUGAGUUUCCAGAAGAAUGUGUGUAUUCAACAACACAUAAGUACUUUAUUAAAGCACCAAUCAAGGAGGUCACUAAAAUGACAUACGCUAAAGGACUGAAUUAUUUUGAAAACAUUUGUUUGGAGGCUUCUGUGGAUAACAUGCGAGACUAUUUAUUUACACAAAACGCAGUUUGGAUUCUCAAAGUGGUUGGAUCAACGAAUCAAAAUGCUACUUUUUAUCACUCGAGACUUCUCGAAGUCCAAAGUAUGCUACAAGAAGCCGAGAAACUUAAAAUUGAGAGAAUGUGUAUCAAGUCGAGAACAAACACUAAAGUCAAACUUAUUGAUUUUCUAUUGAAGGAUUGUACCAUCGAAAAGGUUGAAUUCGGAAAUGUUGCACCAAAUUCAUUAUUUUCAUUGUAUUGUCAAUACGUUUUAUAUCGUAAAAGUACUCUUCUCAAGCACAGAACGUUUUACAAGACUUUUAUACAAUUGGUUAAGCAAUUUGUUAGUGUUAACACCACUAUUUGGGAGUGCAAUUGGCCCUCUAAAAACAGUCCUUUCAUACAUCAAAUACUAUGUCUUAUCAACUUUCUUUUGUCUGUUAAAAACAACACCUUUGAGUCUUGUGUACUUCCAGAGAUUGGUGUUGACACUGGAUUUGAUAAACUUGAUUAUGAAUUGGUGAUUUCAAAAGAUGUGAAUGUCUAUCUUGUUACUCAAGAAGGGAAAACGACGUCUUUUGAAUCAUUUAUGGAGUGGUACAUGUAUAGAAUCAUUGAAUAUAAUACAACACACCCAACACCACUUCACCAACGCAAUGUCCUUGAAAUGAAGGUAAUGGACACAAUCUACCAAACAACAAAAAAGGAUGAAAGACAUCCAAUUGAAAAGUGUUAUUAUAACCCCGACACGGAGUUAGAGAAGUGUAUCCAAAUAUUAGAGAAUGUUUCUGUGAGUCACUACUACCUCGACUAUGUGUAUACAAUAACACAGACAACUCAGUUGUUACUAACAUCACCAAACGAUUUGUUCAACCCAACACAAGUCUGUCAUACAUUUUUUCACAAAAAGGUAGAAAAGUCUGUGAAUGAUAUUUGUGAAUUACAAAAGAAGUCUUUGUCACCAAACACUAUGUCGUCUUUUUAUAAAGACCCGAAAUCUCCUUCAUGUAAAAUCAUCACUGAUAUUCUCAAUCGCUUCAAAAAAUUUGAAACUCGCUUUUUUAUCUUCCACGACUUGGAGCUACGUGUUCCCGGGUUUGACGAACGUGUUUGUUCGAUUGUGGACAUUCUCUUAAAACAAAAGGAUACCGCUUGUUAUCAGCAAAACAUCGGCUUUUCUAAAGGAAUAGAUUUGGUUUUAGCUCUUGGAGAUAACUUAUUACGACCACCAAAUGAAUACGAGUGGACGAUUAAAGACAAGUCAAGCGACAACAAAUUAAAGGUGCGAUACAUAGUAACAGAAGAUGAUGUUACAAUUUCAAUGAGUUGGGUGGAUUAA